GGUCAAAUGGUUGGGUUUUUUUCCAACUAAUAACAGAAAUGAACUGCUGGGUUUUGGUGUAUAUAUAGAAAUAUCAAAUAUAUACAGCCAACUGUUCUCUCUCAGAUUCCGGAUUUUUGCAUUAGGGGUAAAGGGAAAAGCUUGCCUGUCGAUUCGCGAAUUCUUUGGGAUUUGGCGGGUCUAAUUGGCAUUCUAAGAUGAGUUGACUUCGUAGGACUUCAUUUCCUGGAGGUUCUGUGACUUUUGAUCCGGUAAAGUUCGAGAACUCGUGGUGGGAUUCAAGGGUCUGUGGAAUUUCCAGGUAAUAUGAGCUCAACAAGACUUGGGGGGGUGUUUCUGGUGGAUUCGAAAUAGUGGGUUUUAUUGGGGUUUUGUUUUGUUUGGAUUUGAUUGAGUUUUUGGAUUCCAUUGCUGUGGGUAAAGAAAGGUUCUCGCUUUGAUUGAAUUUGAAGCUUAAUGUUUUGUUCUGUUUGAAUUUGAAGCUUGGGGUUCUGGGUAUACAAGGAAAUUGAGAGUUUGAUUGUUUUUUCUUUUCUCUAUGUGAUUUCGUGGAUAUUGGGGUAUUUGGGGGUUUAAGGUUCUUGCUUUGGUUGAAUUUGAAGCUUGGGGUUAAGAUAAAAGGGUUUUUUGCAAAUGAAAUUCUUGGUUCUGGGUAUACUAGGAAAUUGAGAGCUUGAUUGAUUUAUCUUUUCUCUGUGUGAUUUUGGGGAUAUUUGGGUAUUGGGGGUUUAAGGUUUGUGACUAGGAAUCGGGGAUUAAGGAUGGAUGAAGCUCAGGGUGGUUCGAAUUCUCUGCCUCCGUUCCUUGUAAAGACGUAUGAGAUGGUGGAUGAUCCCUCGACGAACUCAGUUGUUUCAUGGGGCCCGAGUAAUAAGAGCUUUGUCGUGUGGAAUCCACCGGAGUUCGCGAAGGAUUUGCUGCCCAGGUUCUUCAAGCACAAUAACUUCUCAAGCUUCAUUAGACAGCUCAAUACAUAUGGGUUUAGAAAAGUUGAUCCGGAACAAUGGGAAUUUGCAAAUGAGGAAUUUAUAAGAGGUCAGCCACACCUUUUAAAAAACAUACACAGACGUAAACCUGUUCAUAGCCAUUCAUUGCAGAAUCUACAAGGACAAGGAAAUGCAUCUCCUUUAAGUGAAUCCGAAAGACAGAGUUUGAAGGAGGAGAUUGAGAGGCUUAAACAUGAGAAAGAGCAGCUUUUUUUGGAGUUACAGAGACAUGAAGAGGAGCGGCGAGGUUUCGAUCUGCAAGUCCAGGUAUUAAGGGAUCGUUUGCAGCAAAUAGAGCGGCGGCAGGAAACUAUGAUGUCUUCUGUGGCUCGAGUCUUGCGGAAACCGGGGCUUGCUUUGAAUCUUCUGACCCAAUUGGAAAAUCAUGAUAGAAAGAGAAGAUUGCCAAGAAUCGGUUACUUCUAUGAUGAAGCCAGCAUUGAAGAUAAUCAGAUGGGAACUUCCCAAAUUGUACCUAGAGAAAGUGGGGCCAGUGCUUCUGCUUUGACAUCAAACAUGGAGCCCUUGGAGCAAUUGGAGUCAUCAUUUUCAUUUUGGGAGAAUAUUGUAAAUGAUAUUGGUCAAACUUACAGUAAAAACUCCAAUGGGGAAUUAGAUGAAUCUACAAGUUGUUCUGGUAGCCCGGGUAUAUCUUGCAUACAGCUUAAUGUUGACAGUCGGCCUAAAUCCCCUGGAAUUGACAUGAACUCUGAACCUGCUACAGCUGCUGCUCUGGAGCCUGUUGAGCCUGUUGCCUCUAAAGAACAAGCAGUUGGGACUUCUACUCCUAUGCCAACUGGGGUCAAUGAUGUAUUCUGGGAACAGUUCUUGACUGAGAACCCUGGUUCAUCAGACACUCAGGAAAUUCAGUCAGAAAGAAAGGUCGAUGGCAGAAAGAAUGAAACCAAACCUGGCGAUAAUGGCAAAUUUUAGUGGUAGAUAAGGAAUGUAAAUAACCUUGCUGAGCAGAUGGGGCAUCGUACUUCAGCUGAGAGAACUUGAUAUCAGUGGAUUCCUUGAUACAUGCCCCAGUGGCUUACAUGUAAUAAAUUUAGGUAUGAAACGGUUUGUUCUGGUUAUAAAUAGAUUUCUGUUUUUUUUUU